CAGAGGUACAAAGGAAACGUAUGUUAAAUGGGUUCUACAAGGACAAGGGAUAACGGAGAUACAUUAUUUGCAACAGAGACGUUAGACAGGACACAAUACUGACGUUUGACAGUGACAUGUGUGACAGGAGACAGAGAACAGGGAACAGGUGGAACAAGAUCAAUGGGCUGGUUGGGUUUCAAUAAUGGUCUGAGACAUUUCUCAUGAUUAUAUGCAACUGAAACAUAGGCGGUUCAUGACAAUGUCUCUAUGACAAAGUAUUGACGGUUGUAUUAUAGUAUUUAUAUUACAAAAAAGAUGUUUUUAGUACUAAAGGCCGCGGGUAUUAUGUCCAAACUUUUGCCACUCGACAAAUCACUACAAACACUUUUUCUGAAAUCACCCUCCUUCUUAAAAACUUUCUUUCUAGUUUCCCCAUUUUUCCAUCUUGUAAAGAUACAAGUUAUAGAAAACAAAGAAUUGUCAAGGGAUCAUUGGAAGUACCUAUCAAGCGCACUGGAAGGGACUUUAUGUUUGUGCUUACCGUUCCUGUACGUAAUAUCUAUUGAGUUUAAAAAAUCAUUAUUUAUAAACCUGAAAUUGUUUUUCUUUCUUAACUAUUGUCCUUUUUUUCUGUUUUUUUUUUUGACAAAUGACCUUGAAAUAUUAUGUAACUCUGUUCGAUGUAGUUUACGAAUAGUAAAUGUUGUGUCUGCGUUCAUGGUAGAUGAUGUUAAAACACUAGUAAUAGUUCCUAAUGGAUAAAGUGAAUAUAGGUUAUUAAUAUCGAUGUUAAUAAUAAAGUAGCUAUGAAAGUGAGCUCCAGACUGGAAGUCAACUUAAGAAACAUUAUAAUAUAAAGUUUUUAGGAUA